CACAGGGUGACUAGCUCUGGUGACCUCCGCCAAGGAAGGCCGGGCCCGAUGAGUGGGCACGUGUUUGGAGAGAAGAGGGCAGAGUAUUUGGAAUCGUGGCCCUGGGGGUGGAGGUGGGGAUCAGAACCAGCCAGGAUGCUGCUGCAGAUGCCCAGAGGCCUCGCCUUCCACUGUGGUCCUGGUUGAGUCUCCUGGCAGUGGGGAGAGGCUGAGGGUUUGGGGUGGUAAGAGAUGAAUUUCAGGUCCAGUUCAAGAAUCGUCAGGUGGGCUUUGGUCUGUAGGUAAGAGGCAGCAGCUUCUUCCUCCUUUCCUUGCUCCGGACUCAACACAGAUUUACCUGUAGCCCCCAGGUUCUUGGGUGUUGGCUCCUUCCUGCCUAAGAGGGAAGUGGUUUCCAAGCUGAGUCACGGGAGCUCCAGCUGCUUCUUCUCUUGGGCAGGUGUGGCUGUGCUGAUGGACUGGGGGGCCCCAUUCAGACCCAACCUCUGGAUCCAGCUCUCAGAAUGACCCUGGAGGUUUCAAUAGGCCCACCCCCUUCGCUGCCUCGUGGCUGGUCUCCCCCAGAACUGCACACCAUGCUGGAGACGUCUUUGGAGAAGGCCCUGACCACUGUAGUCACCACUUUCCAUAAAUAUUCAGGGAGAGAGGGCAGCAAAGUGACUCUGAGUAGGAAGGAGCUGAAGGAACUGAUCGAGAAAGACCUGUGUCUUGGUGAGAAGAUGAAGGAGAGCAGCAUCGAUGACCUGAUGAAGAGCUUGGACAAGAACAGCGACCAGGAGAUCGACUUCAAGGAGUACUCGGGGACUUCCCUGGUGGCGCAGUGGUUAAGAAUCCACCUACCAAUGCAGGGGACACGGGUUUGAACCAUGGUCCUGGAAGAUCCCACAUGCUGCGGAGCAACUAAGCCUGGGCGCCACAACUACUGAGCCUGCGCUCUAGAGUCCACGAGCCACAACUACUGAGCCGUGUGCCACAACUACUGAAGCCCGCGUGCCUAGAGCCUGUGCUCUGCAACAAGAGAAGCCACCACAAUGAGAAGCCCGCGCACCGCAAUGAAGAGUAGCCCCCACUCGCCGCAACUAGAGAAAGCCUGUGCGUAGCAAUGAAGACCCAUCGCAGCCAAAAAUAAAUAAAUGAAUAAACAAAUUUAUUAAAAAAACCAACAAAAAAGCAAACAAAAAAAGGAGUACUCGGUGUUCCCGAUCACGCUGUGCGUGGCCUACAACGACUUCUUCCUGGCGGACAACCAAUGACUGGGCCCUGGCCCCUGACCCCUGCAGCUCCUCUCACAGACCCUCCGUGGCCCCUUGCCUUCCUCUCCCUCCCAGAUGGACCCUGCUUCAGCCUUCCCCUCCAGCAGAGGAAAUAAAGGUUUUUGAUUCCAGGUG